AUGGUGGACGCUUUUUUCCAGAUGGUGUCUUCCUUGCCUAUUACUCCACAGCAUCGAGCUGCAUGGCUCAUGCUUCCAGUUCCCGGCGACGAAGAAGACGACGCUACUCACACCCGUUGCUUCCUCAACCUCGCAGAGAAAAAGCUUUACAAGAUCAAGAACGUAUUCGAGCCGUUCCUUGACGCUUGGUGCGUCGGCUCCUCUCACGGCUGUCUCAUUCUUUUGGAUGAAAAAGCAAACCCACAUCUCUUUAAUCCCUUCUCCAACGCCACAAUUCAACUCCCAUCUUUUCCUGCUCAACUCAAACCAGCCGUCCCCGAAGUCUACUUCGUCGAACACUUGCGGAAGAACUUUAUUUCCAAAGCUGUUUUUUUGUUGGACGAAGACAACAAAUCUGCCGUGGUGGUAGUAAUCUACGGAACCCCAUCAAAGCUUGCGUUUUGUAACGAUGUCGACAACACUUGGAGCGACCUCGGUGGCACUGGCACGCGUGGAGAAGAGUAUUCUGAUAUCAUCUGCUACAACAAUCUGCUUUAUGCUUUGACAGACUCUGGCUCCGUCCAAGUGUGGGAUUUUCGCAGCGGCACUCCCAAACAAAUCAUGAAUUUCAGGCCUUCUGGGCGGUCAACUGUAAACGUCGACAUGGAAAACUUCCCACGAGACAAGUUUUCGAAUCGGUUUUACUUGGUGGAAUCGUCGGGAGAUCUUCUGCUUGUGAAUCGGGUUUUCGGCAACUUUGUUAACUCAGAGGGUGUAGCGAUUGAUGAGGCCGGGCUUCUUGAUACAGAGGAUACUCAUCCUCUGGUUUGUCCGUACAGAACAAAGCAAUUCCACGUCUAUAAAUUAGACGGCAUUCGCAACACAUGGGAGAAGGUGGAGUCUUUACCCGACCGAGCAAUGUUUUUGGGCGGAAAUCAUUCUCUGUCGCUGUCUACUUGGGAUCUUCAUGAGGGUUGUGAAUCCAAUACCAUCUACUUCACCGAUGAUAAUUGGGAUCAGAUGAAUGAGGAUUACUUGUAUGGCGGGCAUGAUCUGGGCCAAUUCAACUUGGCAUCAGGAAAUUUACAAACAGGCGUUCAGUGCUGCUGCCUCUACUCUGAGAGGAUGGAUCCGCCACCCUUUUGGAUUAUUCCAUGA